AUUUUAUUAAUGCCGCGUUCGUUUGCCGUGCGGCUUUGAGCUUUUCCGCUCUGAUUUUUUUCCUAAUUUAAGUUUCGCACUCGGAGAGCUCGUUUUGAACUUCUUAUUUUGUUAAACUUCGCCGAAGUGAAGUAACGUAACGGUGAAGCUCUUGCCGUUCUUUCUAUCUGCACUAACGGUUUCUUUCAGUCCUGGCGGGAAAUCGGGAAAACGGGAAGAGAGAAGGCGACUUUAAAGCUCGGCUGGAAAUUGUCGAAAACGAAACGGAAAAGCGAAAAAGAAACCGAAACAGAAAUAGCGGUUAGCGGGCAGCGACGUCGGCGCCUACGCCUACGCCGACAGAGACUGGAAACCGACGUGAGCUUGGAGCAGCGUUCCAUUUAAAUCAGAACGGUUACGGGAAUCGAGAAGCGACGGAGCGACGUCACCGCCGCCGAUCGUCACCGUUAACAAAAAGUGUCAACCUCGCAGUGGCAGCGCCUCAAUUCAGCGUGCACCGCUUAACGGUAACGGUCCUGCGACGCGAUCGCUCAGUCUUCCAGUGUUCGCGAUUCUCUUCUAUUUCGUUAAAAAAAAAAAAUUAAAAGAAGAAACUACCCACAAGUCAGCGAAAGGCGAAAGCCGACGGUUCUUGCGAGUGUUUAUUUUUUUGCAACAAUUUUCUAUCGUAGUGCGACAUGUCGCCGAAUCGAUGGAUUCUGCUGCUCAUCUUCUACAUAUCCUACCUGAUGUUCGGGGCGGCAAUCUAUUACCAUAUUGAGCACGGCGAGGAGAAGAUAACGCGCGGCGAGCAGCGCAAGGCGCAAAUAGCAAUCAACGAAUAUCUGCUGGAAGAGCUAGGGGACAAGAACACGACCACCCAGGAUGAGAUUCUCGAACGGAUCUCGGCAUACUGUGACAAACCGGUUACCCUGCCGCCGACGUAUGAUGACACGCCCUUCACGUGGACCUUUUACCACGCCUUCUUCUUCGCCUUCACCGUCUGCUCGACGGUGGGAUAUGGCAACAUAUCGCCCACCACCUUCGCCGGACGGAUGAUCAUGAUAGCGUACUCGGUGAUUGGCAUCCCCGUCAAUGGAAUCCUCUUUGCCGGCCUGGGCGAAUACUUUGGACGUACGUUUGAGGCGAUCUACCGACGUUACAAGAAGUACAAGAUGUCCACGGACAUGCACUAUGUUCCGCCGCAACUGGGAUUGAUCACCACGGUGGUGAUUGCCCUGAUUCCGGGAAUAGCUCUCUUCCUGCUGCUGCCCUCGUGGGUGUUCACCUACUUCGAGAACUGGCCCUACUCCAUCUCGCUGUACUACAGCUAUGUGACCACCACGACUAUUGGAUUUGGUGACUAUGUGCCCACCUUCGGCAGCAACCAGCCCAAGGAGUUUGGCGGCUGGUUCGUGGUGUAUCAGAUCUUUGUGAUCGUGUGGUUCAUCUUCUCCCUGGGAUACCUGGUGAUGAUCAUGACAUUCAUUACUCGUUUUGUCGAAAGGGAAAUAGAAAGAAGCCGAAGAAUAAGGCUAAGACUGAGCAGAAAGAGAAGAGCAGCCGAUCCUGUGUACACCGAUGUAGAUAUCGCCUACACACUGCCACGUUCCAAUUCGUGUCCGGAUCUGAGCAUGUACCGCGUGGAGCCGGCUCCCAUUCCCAGCCGAAAGAGGGCAUUCUCCGUGUGCGCCGACAUGGUGGCGGCCCAAAAGGAGGCGGGCAUGGUGCACGCCAAUUCCGAUACGGAGCUAAGCAAACUGGAUCGCGAGAAGACGUUCGAGACGGCGGAGGCGUACCGCCAGACCACCGAUUUGCUGGCCAAGGUGGUCAGUGCACUGGCCACAGUGAAGCCACCGCCGGCAGAGCAGGAGGAUGCGGCGCUCUAUGGUGGCUAUCAUGGCUUCUCCGACUCCCAGAUCCUGGCCAGCGAAUGGUCGUUCUCGACGGUCAACGAGUUCACAUCACCGCGGCGUCCAAGAGCACGUGCCUGCUCCGAUUUCAACCUGGAGGCACCGCGCUGGCAGAGCGAGAGGCCACUUCGUUCCAGCCACAACGAAUGGACUUGGAGCGGCGACAACCAGCAGAUCCAGGAGGCAUUCAACCAACGCUACAAGGGCCAGCAGCGCGCCAACGGAGCAGCCAACUCGACCAUGGUCCAUCUGGAGCCGGAUGCUUUGGAGGAGCAGCUGAAGAAACAAUCACCGGGUGCCGGUCGCGUCAAGAAGUUCUCCAUGCCGGAUGGCCUGCGUCGCCUGUUUCCCUUUCAGAAAAAGCGACCCUCGCAGGAUCUGGAGCGCAAGUUGUCCGUGGUGUCGGUGCCCGAGGGUGUCAUCUCGCAGCAGGCCAGAUCUCCGCUGGAUUACUACAGCAACACGGUCACAGCAGCCUCAAGUCAAUUCUAUUUGCGCAACGGACGCGGUCCGCCACCGCCCUUCGAAUCGAAUGCCAGCUUGGCCAGCGGCGGCGGCGGGCUGACCAACAUGGGCUUCCAGAUGGAGGACGGAGCCACCCCGCCAACGGCAUUGCCAGGCGGCGGAGCCUAUCAACGCAAGGCAGCUGCUGGCAAGCGCCGACGCGAGAGCAUCUACACCCAGAAUCAAGCCCCAUCCGCUCGCCGGGGCAGCAUGUAUCCACCCACCGCCCACGCCCUGGCCCAGAUGCAGAUGCGCCGCGGCAGCCUAGCCACCAGUGGCUCUGGAUCGGCGGCCAUGGCAGCGGUAGCCGCGCGUCGUGGGAGCCUCUUCCCGGCCACAGCGUCGGCAUCUUCGUUGGCCUCUGCUCCGCGUCGUAGCAGCAUAUUCUCUGUUACCUCCGAGAAGGAUAUGAAUGUGCUGGAGCAGACGACCAUCGCGGAUCUGAUUCGUGCGCUGGAGGUGGUGCACACCCAUGCGGUGCUCGAUGAACAGCAACAGGCGGCAGCGGCUGGAGGAGCUGCAGUUGGAGGCGGUGCAUCGAAGGGUAGUCGCAAGCAGCGCAAGAUGGGCAAUGCUGGACUGGAACCACCGCAGCUGCCGCCGAUCCUGUCGCUCUUUGCUGGCGAUCAAACGAGGACACUGCAGGCGGCGGCUGCCAACCGGCUGUACGCCCGUCGCUCCACCAUUGUGGGCAUAUCGCCCACUGGAGGAGCAGCCACCGGACCGGCAGCCAGAUCGCUGCUGGAGCCGCCACCCAGCUACACCGAAAGAGCCGCAAAUCAAAGCCAAAUAGCAGCUGGAAACACUGUUUCCGGUUCAACGAAUGCGCCAGCUGUGCAGAGCAAGUUCCGUCGCCGCUUUAGUGUAAGACCGACUGCUCUGCAGAUUCCACCGGGACAGGCACCGCCACCAGGUGCCAGUUUGAUGGAGCAGUCCUCGCAGUCGGCGCUCCAGCGACGCCUCUCGCUGCGACCCUCGCCACUGGCCCGCGAACUGUCGCCCACCUCACCGCCCGGCGGCAGUGGAAGCGCCUUGCCAGCGGGUGCCAUAGAGGAGUCCGGCGGAACGUCCGCUCAACGGCUGCUACCCCUGCCGGCCGGAACGAGACCCAGCACCAGCAGCACCCACUCGCCGCUCUCCAGGAUCGUGCAGAUCUCGCAGGCCCAGCGCAAGAGCAGCAUGCCCAGCGCAGCGGCAACGGGUUCCAGUGGGGCGCCCGGCGAGAAGUAGUUAGUUUUGUUAUACGUAAGAUGUAUUGCCAACUCGUAUAUGUCCACGUCCAGCGGUAUUGCUUCGCCAAAUUUCACAGCAUGUAUCCCACAUAGUCGAUUAGGCUGCCAAAAGUCCUUAGUUGUUAUGCUAAAGUUAUCCUCAACAUAUUUACAUGCGUAUAUCCAGUUAUCCUAGUUGUAUGUACUUUUAGAACUAUCUCUCUCUCUCUCUCUCUCUAUUGUUAUCCUGUAUUUAUACCCAUCUGUAUCUGUAUCUUUAUCUAAACAAAAUAUCUGUAUAUAUUCUUCUAUGUUUAUUGCUAAGAAGACGCUUAUAUGAACAAAACGAUCCGCAUGUUUUCAAGCAUUCAAUUGGGACCGACAGAGGAUCUCGAAUUGUGUGUAGUUUCAUUUAGCUCUUACAGUGACUUUCACAAAUUCCACAAAACCUUCCAUAUGCUGUUAUAUAAUAAAGAUAAUCUGUGAAAAUGUA